AUGGGUACAAGGGACACCUUCAUUUCCUUUCAGGGUCUGGUGACGUUGGAGAAGGUGAAUCUGGGCUUUACGGAGGAGGAGUGGGGGCUGCUGAAUCCGGAGCAGAAAGCUUUGCAUGAAGAAGUGAUGGAGGAGAUUAAGGGAAUCGUGGUUUCUCUCGAGGCUGAGAGACAGCAGAGUGAGUCUAACGGAGAGUCAAGCGAUUUGAUUUUUGAAGGAAUUGGAAGCAAAGAAGAGAGAGAAAAGAAGGUAACAAAGACCGAGUUGAAUAGUGAGGCCCAUGAAGGGCGAAUAGAGAAAACGAUGGGAAAAAAUGAGUGUGUGGUGUGUGGCAAGAUCUCCAGUUGCAAAUCCUCCUUUUAUCUCCACAUGGGAUCCCACGCGGGGGAAAAACCGUUCCGGUGCCAGGUGUGCGGCAAGAGCUUCAAGAGGAGAGAUAUCCUGAUUUCCCACCACCGAACUCACACGGGCGAGAAACCGUACGAAUGUUUCAAAUGCGGCAAGUGCUUCAGCGACAUCAAAUACCUCAGCUCCCAUAAAAAGAUCCACACGGGAGAGAAGCCGUACAAAUGCAAGGAGUGCGGGAAAGGCUUCAGUCAGAGCGCCAGCCUCACUUCCCAUCUCCGGAUCCACACCGGGGAGAAGCCGUACCAAUGCCCGACCUGCGGGAAGGCGUUCGCUCAGCAGUCGAACCUCAACUCCCACCAGAUCAGUCACACCGGGGAGAAACCGUACAAAUGCCCGGAGUGCGGAAAGAGGUUCAGCCACGGGGCGAGCCUCACCCAUCAUCAACAGCUCCACACCGGGGAGAAGCCUUACGGAUGUCUGGAGUGCGGGAAAAGUUUUAGCAGUAGCAAAAAUCUCAUUUCCCAUCAAAGAAUCCACACCGGGGAGAAACCGUACACCUGCUUGGAGUGCGGGAAGAGCUUCAGCCAGAAGGUGUACCUCAUCACUCACGAAAGGAUCCACACGGGAGAGAAACCCUAUAAAUGCCUCGAAUGUGGGAAAUGCUUCACCAGCAGCAAAUACCUUCUUUCCCACCAGAAGGUUCACACCGGAGAGAAACCCUACGCAUGCUUGCACUGCGGGAAAAGCUUUCGCCGGAAGCUGCAACUCGCCACUCAUCAAAGGACUCACUGGGGAGAAACCCCAAAGUGGUGA